GUUUUCGCAGUUUCAAACAAUUACGAUAACGCUAUCAUGGCUACUCGACAGUUGAUUGCUUUUAUAAUUGUAGGCACCCUGUCAGCUUAUAACCAUCGCUCCACUGCACAAUCUACUGGAGAGGCUCGUCAGUACAAAACAUGUUCCGAAGCACCAGCUCAAUCUGCCGUGUACACCAUUGUCCUGCACAACGGAUUCGCACCGUUUCAAGCCUUCUGUGAACAGCAAAAAUACGGCGGAGGAUGGUUGGUACUGAAGAACCGUUACGAUGGAUCGGUUAGUUUCAACCGAAGUUGGGAUGAAUACAGGAACGGCUUUGGAAACACCGAGCAGGAAUACUGGUUGGGACUGGAGAAAAUUCACCAAGUUACGGCGGAUCAGGAACACGAGCUGCUGAUUGUCAUUGAGAACUUCACGGAUUUCUCGGCACAUGAGAUCUAUGCGGGUUUCCGGGUAGAAAAUGAAGCCACCAAUUAUACUCUGCGGUUGUCCAACGUGGAAAACUCGUACCACGGCACGGCACGGGAUUCUUUCUGGGUUUAUCGGAACGAGCAGUUCAGUACCUACGAUCGGAUCAAUGACAAAUCGAUUCUGGAUUGCUCGAUCCUGGCUGGAAGUGGACACUGGCAUUAUGACUGUGGAACUGGUUACAAGAGUAACUUGAACGGAGAAUACAGCAGAACCACCCUUGGUGGACGUCGAGGUAUAUGGUGGGGCGCUUUCGGUGGACAGCAGUUUCCUUUGCGAAAAACCAGAAUGAUGAUAAGAGUUGGUGAGAAUUCUUGAAAGUAGUGUUAAUUUACAAUUAAUUUUUGGAUCGAAAAAUGCAUUGAAAUAUAUAUAAACAUACGUUU